UCCUUUGUUUAAAUUCAAUUCAAUUUUAGGAAAUUUAAUUUGAAAUGAAACCUGUCAUGUUCUUAUUAGGUCAUGUGGGUCUCAGUUUUGUGUCUCUUGUGAGCCUGAUUUUUGCACGCUUUCAAUUUUGUAAACUUCACCUUCUCAGAUCUCCUUGACUUCCUUCUCGCUAUUAAUGCUCAUGUUUGUUUAUCAUGAGGUGAAACGUCAGCGUGUUCAACAGCCAUCCAACCAUAACACCAGCGCAGCGAGACUCCUGAUAGGGGAAACCUUUGGAUUUGGGAUCCUUUCCUUGUUUACUUACUGUUCUAAAAUGACACUUUCUGUCUUUUGACAAAUUGUUGAUUCAAGAAUGCAACGCUGUUUUCAUGGACACUAGACUUUGCUCGUUGUUGGCACGUCUCCAGGUGGAUGUCGUAGAACAUGAAUGCUUUGGGAACCCCAACGAAACUGAGCAAUGGGGUGGCCAGAUCGGACAGCAAGAUCAGUGCCAAGGCCCUCUUCGAACAACGAAAGAAAUACUCAAACUCAAACGUCAUCAUGCAAGAGACGUCACAGUACCAUGUUCAGCAUCUCUCCACGUUCAUCAUGGAUAAGACAGAAUCCAUUGCGACGGUGGAUGAUGCCAUUAAGAAAUUAAUCCUGCUCGACUCCAAAGACAAAAUCUGGACACAGGAAAUGCUGCUGCAGGUGACGGACAAAUCCAUCAAACUGCUCGAUUGUGAGACCAAGGAGGAUCUUGAGGUCUUUCCUGUGUUUACAGUCCAGCACUGUCAGACGCUGCUGAAUCAGACGCGAUACCCCUCCGUCCUGCUGCUCGUUUGUCAAGACAAUGAACAGCACAAGCCAGACAUUCACUUCUUUUACUGCGACGAGGUGGAGGCAGAGAUGGUGCAUGCUGACAUUGAUAGUGCUCUGGGAGACAACAAACGCGGCAAGAAAACGCGACCACAGACGCUAAAAAUGAACCAAGAAAAGAUGAAACGCCAUCGAGAAACCAUCAUCCCACCUUCUGAGCCUAAAAGCCCCAGCCAUGGGGUCAAAGGUCGUGUGGCAGCUACAGAAAUAAAAGAUGAGUUAUUGCCUCUGGAUCCUGAGUCCAGUAUGAAACUCGCCCAGCGCAUUGAGAAGGAUGUGCAAAUCCUGAACUGUGCCUUGGAUGACAUCGAGAGCUUCGUGUCGCGUCUUCAUAAAGCAGCUGAAGCUUUCGCUCAACUUAACCAGCGCAACAGGAGCAAGAAAAACAAGAAGAAAGGACCAGCAGAGGGGAUGCUGACUUUACGAGCCAAGCCUCCUUCAGAAGCCGAGUUUAUCGACUGUCUUCAGAAGCUGAAACUUUCUUUCAACCUGCUGGCCAAACUGAAGAAGCACAUUCAGAACCCCACUGCUUCAGAGCUUGUACACUUCCUGUUUGGACCCCUUGAAAUGAUCCUGCAGAGUUGUGGCAGUCCCGAUCUGACGCGUGCAGUCAUCUCUCCUCAUCUGUCCCGGGACUCAGUGGACUUCCUGCGAGGACAUCUGACUCCUAAAGAGAUGACCAUCUUUGAGCUGCUCGGAGAUGGAUGGACACGACCCAGAGCUGAUUGGCCGAAAGAUCAGUGCGCUCCUCUCUAUGUCCCAAAGUUCCGGAACGGCUGGGAGCCGCCGGUGGAACUGUUCCGUACGUCACCAUGGGAGACGGAAAGCAUGGGGAUGCCGAGGUCCCCAGUGCAAUCAGAAUACAGGAAAGAAGAGUUCUUUGGAUCACAGUCAUCACUCUCGUCAAACGGUUCUUACUCAUCGUCUCCUGCUGCUCGCAAGUAUGCAAAGAUCCGCUACCACUUUGUGGCACGCAAUGCCAACGAGCUUUCAGUGCUACAGGAUGAAAUUCUGGAGGUGUUGGAGGAUGAUAAACAGUGGUGGAAGUUGCGGAACAGAAGUGGUCAGGCGGGUUACGUGCCCUAUAACAUCCUGGAUGUUGUGAAACUAGAGGAUCCUCAAGCUAUGAAUGACCCUCCCUACAGUCCGUCAUACAGAGGACAGUCACCCUCAAGUUCAAUGGGUAGUGAGAAAGACGGUCACACUCACCAGAUGGAUAAAGUCAACGAUGAGCUGCUAAUGUUGAUCACCGGCAACAAGGUUAAUCCGCCCACGAGGAACUUCAAGGUGGAGCGUCAAUCUAGCUCCACAGUCCCGCUGUCCUUCGACUCCAGUCCCGCCCAGGUCACCACCUGGCUCAAUUCCAAGGGCUUCUCAAAACCUACGGUGGACCGUCUGGGCAUUCUGACAGGUGCUCAGAUCUUCUCUCUGAAUAAAGAUCAUCUGAAGGCCGUCUGUGGAGAUGAAGGCUCUCGAGUCUACAGUCAGAUCACUGUACAGAAAGCACAACUAGAGAAGAGUCGAGGAGACUCAGAAUUGCAGGAAAUCAUGAAGAAACGGCAAGAGAAAAUCGAAUCUGCCGCCGACUGAGUGCGCUCUCAAGGAUUGUCAAUCAAAUUGUCACCUGGUAACAGUAACGACUAGACCUUCUGAAAAUAAUGAACUUAGAUGACAUGCUGUAGAUUCAGCCAUGCUGCCGACCAAAUGCUGACCUAAUCCAAUAUAUUUUUCAAUUGUAUAUUUAUUGUUGGUGUUUUUUAUUAUCAGUGUAUGUAUGGACCUUAUUGUAAUUUAUCCACAGAAAUGACUGCAUUUUAUUCAUGCUGGAAAACACUUUUAUCAGCUCUUUUAUCAUAUGAAAACAAUGUAUGGGUGAAUCUCUUGAAAACAUAUCCAUGUUAUCUCAGCCAAAAUAUAUAUAUAUAUAGUAUUGGCAUUGUGACAUUAUUUUCAUUGCAAUUAAGAACACAUUUUCAUUGUGCAUCAUUACUGUAAUGCAUCUUUUACUUCUGAGUUUAUUUGUAAUUUUCAUUAUUCUCAUUAGAUUCACAUUACUGUAAUACAAUGAUUUGACUUAAAUUAGCAUAAAUUAAUGUAAUCAGUACAACAAUUACAAACACAAUAUAUAUAUAUAUAUAUAUAUAUAUAUAAUAUUUUUUUCAAAGUUCUGAGAUUUGGGUGAGAAAUGUGCUUAAUUGUCAUGAAAAUGUCACAGUGCAAACAAAAUUAAUGGUUCUAAAAACAGGCUUCCGUUUUCUUUAAUCAAAAUAUAAUUAUAAAAAUGUUCCUUUUUGAGGUUUGGGGUGAAAUAUGAUCUGGACCUGUUCUUGACAGGUAUACAAACCUGCAAAACACACAGAAUUUGUGUCCAUAAGGGCAGAGUGAAUGUUGUAUAGGGGUUUGAUGUAUGUGUCUCUUUUCAAAAGAAAUUUGUCGCGCUGCAUAUGUAAAUAACAUGCUUAAUCUAGUCUUUACGUACAUGUUCUAAUGCUGAUCAUUAUCACGAAUGAAUGAUGCGAGAACAGUAAAUGUAUCUAUUGGAUUUGUGCGCAUCUUUUUUUCCUCUCAACAAGUUGUCUUGAAAAUGUGUUUUUAAUCUGUUUUAUAAAGAGCACACUGCAAAUAACAACAGAAAAACAACACACACAUUUUGGAAUCUUAUUUUUGUCAUGUUUUCCAGUGAAGCUUAUCCUUAACCCUUUAAGCUUGGAUGGGCCCUACGGCGGGCCCGCGAGAAAAAGAUUCAUUAUCAAACUAUUACUAACUACUGUCUUGACAAACACAAAAUAGGUAUCGUUUGAAAGCUUAGAAGCUUUUCUUUCCAAUGCAUGUAAGCAUUAUGACCAAAACUGAACAAGUGCUUUGAAAUUUGCAGACAAAUGAGAAGUGUUCCGUUUUGAUCAUUUAUGAAAAGAAAUUGCUCUGCAUAUAUUAUUGUAAUCUGUAAAUGUAUCAAACUGAUCAAAUAGCCAUGUGUCAUAUGUUGUUGGAAAGCUCUCAAAGAGUAGAAUAAAACCAGCCUAUUUUUUUUACCCACAGACAAAAACAUACUUGAGUAAGUCAUUGACAUACAUGUUACAUGUAAACAGGUGUUGCUAAUUUGCUGCAUUUUCACUUAUAUCUUUACGAAAAAUAAACAGAUCUUAAACUCACAUACCAUUAUUUAGAUGAGGCGGUUAUUUUUAAAACGAGAUGUAAUUGGAUGCAUAGAUCAUUAGAAAAUCCACACGAAGCACAAUUUGCACACAGCACAUAAUAUGCUAUCUGGCUAAAAACACGUUAACUUUCCUGGAUCAAAUGACUUUAUCGGAAAUUAUGUAGUACGUUGUCUAGCAUUAUGGAACACUAAAACAAUCGUAUUAGGAUUCAGAUCACUGCAAACAGAGGUGGAAGUCAUCCAGAUAUGGGCAGAGAGGAUCGUUCACUGUAAUUACAUAUGGUCACCACUAGAUGGCCAAGUACAUGAUACAGACUCAAUGAUGACUCAAAUGACACAGAUUGAAACUCAUUCUGUGAAAUCUCAUUAAAAUCAUGUCUGCAUUCUUUUGAGAGAGAGCAUACCUUUAGUCAUUGUUGUAUUUGCAUGUGUAAUUAGUUCUUAUGUACAAUUUUUGUUUUAUUUGUUUGGAUAGGCUUUUGGACACAUGGAUAAAUAAUAUUUGUAAUGCAGUAACUUUUGAUUGCUUUGUCGUAUCAACACAAAAUUGAUACUCAUGUACAGGUGACAUGAUUGGGAACUAAACAAAAGCAGUUUUUCUGAGCCACCUUAUUUACGCCCAGAGAUUUAUAAUGUCAAAUCAGAAAAAUAUGGGGAAAAGUUUUUUUUUUUUUUUUUUUUUCCAGUAGUUUCUUAGGCUGAGAGUCCAAGAAUUUAUAAUCUGUAUAAUUAAAAACUUUGAAAAUUUUUCUUCACAACAAUACCAAACACUUUAACCUUGUUUUUUUGUUUUUUUCUGUUUUGUUUUUUUGUCGAGUUAUAAGCCUUUAAUUUUGGGUAUGCCACUGAAACUGGAAAUCUUUAAAAACCUUCAGAGCUUAAAGGGUUAAAAUAAGAUCCAUUUUCUUGAGAAGCAAAAUUAAGAUAAAAAAUGUGUUUUUGUUUUUAAUUUUUUUUAAGCAUAGACCUCACUAAUUUCUUUUUAAUCAAAUUUAUGCUUGAAAUGGCCAAUGUGGUAGGAAAAAUUUACUUAAUUCAAGAUAUAUUCUCUGAAAACAAGUCUUAAUCUUGAAUUAAAUUUGUUAUACUUCAUUAAAGUGUAAACAUCACUAAUUUGUCAAAUUUAUGCUUAAAAAAUGUCCAGUGUGCUAGACAAAAUUAACUUAAUUCAAGAUACAUUCUCUGAAAAAAAAAAGUCUUAUUGUUUGCAAGUUAAUUAAUCUUGUUUUAAUUACGUAUUUUAUUGGAAAACAUGACAA